ACGCACAGGGCGAGUUGCAAUUAUGGGGCUUGAGCUCAAGUUCGCUGGCGCCCCGGCGGGUCCAGCCGCGCAGCGCCUGGGCGACUCACGGAGGCCACGUGUCCAGGACCUAGAAGCUGGUCAGCGCCGCACCUGCCGCGGGAGAACACGGCACCAGGACUGUUCUGAGACUUGUGCGGCCCGCUGGGCCACGGGGGCCAGGCCCUCAACCUCUCUGAGCUUGUGUCUGGUUUAAAAUGGGGGCCACAGGGCCUGUCUGCCAGAAUGGUUUCUAUCUUCUCCUUCACACUUUAUUGUGUGGCCAGAUUUCCCACUGCGGUGUAGAAAAACCAACACACACCGCGCGGGAUCUUCUAAUCGCGAGCGCUCGCGGGGACGCGGUUAACACGGCGGACCGGACUCGCGGGUCUCCUCCCGGCGCCCCACCCUUUCCGGGGUCCCAGGAAGCCGCGGCCCGCUGGGGCGGCAGAGUUGAGAAAGUCUUUUAGUAGCGCAGCCUGACUCAUGGCCACCCGCGGGGAGACUCAGGACCCCACCCGGCGGUAGUGGACGGGGGCGGAGCUGGGUCUGAGGGCGUGGUCUAUCAAUGGGAGGGGCGUGGCCGGCCUGGGAAGACGGAAGCCCCCAACCUAGGGGUGGCGGCAGAACCCGGAUCCUGGAUUUCCACGUUCUCUGGAGCGGGGCUUCUGGAACCGGCGGGCGAGAAAACCCGGCUCCCGGAAGCUUUUGCUUUCUUUGACGCAAGGGCUCGGGACGCAGCCGCCGUCGACCGAGCGCCCAGCGAGGAGCGACCCCAGACGGAGCCUUCAGAGGCCCUCCGCCCCCACUUCACCCGGUCCCGGAGCCUCGGUCCUCCUCGCCGCUCUCCUUGUGGCCAUGGAGUGUCCGCACCUCAGCUCCAGCGUCUGCAUCGCUCCGGACUCAGCCAAGUUCCCCAACGGCUCCCCGUCGUCCUGGUGCUGCAGCGUGUGCCGGUCCAACAAAAGCCCCUGGGUCUGUUUGACUUGUUCCAGUGUCCACUGUGGAAGGUAUGUGAACGGCCAUGCAAAAAAACAUUAUGAAGAUGCACAAGUACCCUUAACCAACCAUAAGAAAUCAGAAAAACAAGAUAAAGCUCAGCACACAGUGUGUAUGGAUUGUAGUAGCUACAGUACAUACUGUUAUCGCUGUGAUGAUUUUGUGGUUAAUGACACCAAGCUGGGAUUGGUGCAGAAAGUCAGAGAACACUUACAGAACUUGGAAAACUCAGCUUUCACAGCUGACAGGCAUAGGAAAAGAAAACUUUUGGAAAACUCAUCAUUAAACAGCAAGUUGUUAAAAGUAAAUGGAAGCACCGCGGCCAUUUGUGCCACAGGCCUUCGGAAUUUGGGGAACACGUGUUUCAUGAAUGCCAUCCUUCAGUCACUCAGUAACAUUGAACAGUUCUGCUGUUAUUUCAAAGAGCUGCCCGCCGUGGAGCUGAGGAACGGGAAGACAGCAGGCAGGCGCACGUACCACACCAGGAGUCAGGGGGAUAGCAACGUGUCUUUGGUUGAAGAAUUCAGAAAGACACUCUGUGCUUUGUGGCAAGGGAGCCAGACUGCGUUUAGCCCAGAGUCCUUAUUUUAUGUCGUUUGGAAGAUUAUGCCGAAUUUUAGGGGCUAUCAGCAGCAGGAUGCCCACGAAUUCAUGCGCUACCUUUUGGACCACCUGCACUUGGAACUCCAGGGCGGUUUCAAUGGCGUUUCCCGCUCGGCAAUUCUUCAGGAGAAUUCUACUCUGUCUGCAAGUAACAAAUGCUGCAUAAAUGGAGCAUCUACGGUUGUCACAGCUAUAUUCGGGGGUAUUCUCCAAAACGAGGUUAACUGCCUCAUAUGUGGGACAGAAUCUAGAAAGUUUGACCCAUUCCUAGACCUUUCAUUAGAUAUUCCAAGUCAGUUCAGAAAUAAACGUUCUAAGAAUCAAGAAAAUGGACCAGUUUGUUCAUUACGAGAUUGUCUUCGCAGUUUCACCGACUUAGAAGAACUUGAUGAGACGGAGUUAUACAUGUGCCACAAAUGCAAAAAGAAACAAAAGUCCACUAAAAAGUUUUGGAUUCAAAAAUUACCCAAGGUGCUAUGCUUACAUUUGAAAAGAUUUCAUUGGACAGCAUAUUUAAGAAACAAAGUUGACACAUACGUAGAGUUUCCACUGAGAGGCCUCGACAUGAAAUGCUACUUACUAGAGCCGGAGAACAGCGGCCCUGAGAACUGCCUGUACGACCUCGCUGCCGUGGUGGUACACCACGGCUCCGGGGUCGGUUCUGGACAUUACACAGCAUACGCAAAGCAUGAAGGUCGCUGGUUCCAUUUCAAUGACAGCACUGUGACGCUGACUGAUGAGGACACCGUCGUGAAGGCAAAGGCCUACGUCCUCUUCUAUGUGGAGCGCCAGGCCAAGGCUGGCUCGGACAAACUCUAAUACCUCCUCAAAAUUGCUAUUCGUCACUAUACCGGACAAACAUUUCCAAUGUUCCGUAAAUACUUGAUCCAAGAUUAAUUUCAUUGUGCACUUUUCAAUUUCCUAUUUUGGGUUUAGUUUUGUCAGUGGUAGUGACUUACCAAACAUGGGCACCAACUAAUUUUUUUUUCUAGUUCUACCAGAAAACCUCAGCAGAUAUUUUGAUUUGCUGCUUUAGUUGUAAUAAUUCAGUUUUUAUAUGUAGUUCCAAGAACUUAGUUCUAUUUGACUUUUUUAUAUUAAUGUUUCAGUUCCCACUUUGAGGCACAUUUACAUCAAUGCUGUUACUCUCACACGCUGAAAGCAAGAUGUGUUCCUGAUCAUGAAGAACAGCAUGGCUGCCUGCCGCCUUUUCACAGCUGUGCUGGGGAUUGGUUGACUCUGAAUCAAGAAUCAUGUGUGUGUGUAACUUGUGCCCCACGAGGUUUCAGCGACUGCUCAGUAAUCCUUCCUUUGGCUUGUCAAAGGUAACAGCAGGGGUGCCAUCGUUAAGUAGACCAGGUAACCACCGAUGCUCCUGGCAUCUUUCAAGGCUGCUGUUUACCAGCACUAACUAAAUAAAUUUGUUGGUUCAGUGAUAUCUGUAGUGCAAAUUCAAAAACUACUCUGUUGGUUUUUUGGUCUUGAGGUAUUUUUGUGUGUGUGUUUUAAUGGAGAAGAUAGGACUACAGAAAGUCCAAAUAAGACCAAACACACGUAGUGUUUAAGAGAUUCCGUACUCAGCUGCACGGUGUAGGUGUUGCCGGUGAGGGGCAGCCGCAGCUUGUGUGCUUCUCUGCACCAGCACCGGCGCCCUCACUCGCUGCAGCGGGGGUGUAACUGCAUGUCCACUUUAGUCUCACUCCCUGCUUGGCCUUUCGGGGUGGAGAUGCUGACCCCCAGAGUCUAUUUGGGCCGUCACCUGUGCCUCAGGUCACGCCGCGGGCCUGCUCCUACUGAAGGAAAUGAGGGUCGUUAUUAUCCGAGGUUUAAAAACCCAUUGGCCUAUCCUGACAGCAGGGCAAGAUGAAAAUGUUCUCCCUUUGAAUAAGUAGUUUCUAUUUCUUAGUAGUGUUUUUAAAAAUUGUUUACAAGAAAACUAGGUAAAAGCAUUAUUUAGGUUUAACUCAAAUUGAAAUUUGAAACUAAAAUACCAUACAUUAAGUCCCACGUUUUCUCAGAGCAGACCACGAAUGCUAAACACUUACGGCUUUUUGGGAUUUUUUAAAGCUCUAACUGGCUUCAUCCAACAGCUCAUGAAUAGGCAGCGUCCUGCCUGGCAGAGAGAAGGGAGCUCCCGUCCAUUGGAACACAACCAGCAAAAUGAUUUCAUUUUGCUCCUAACCUUGUCCUACCCGGCAUGGUGGUCACCAGCCACCAAUUUCAUUAAAAUCAAAUAAGUGUAAGAACUCAGUUCUUCAGCCACACUGGCCACGUUUCAAGCACUCAACAGCCACAUGGCAGAGUACUGCACAGAUCUAAGACAUCUCCAUCAACACGUGGAGAGUUCUUGGAGGGUGCUGGUCUAGAUUUUCACUCCAGAGAAAAUAAACCUAGCUGUCAUGUUUAGGACUUAAAAUUUAGAAGAUAAUCAAGAGGGGAACAUGUAUUUAAAAUAGUUAACAACAUAAAAAUAAUACUGGGUCACAAUGUUAAAUUACAUUGUGUGAACCAUGUGAAAUUGUCAUAUUUGACUGAUUUUGAUUGACAAAAACGACAGCUUCACUCAGUGUGAUCUAAUACAUUUGACACAUGAACACCACUCCUGUGACCUUACUAAGUGUCUCCUACGAAUCACGGCUCUUUUGCUUUGGAAGGUACACAGCUGUGACUUAUAACGUGUGCGCCGAGAUCGUGAGUCUCUGAAGGGGCAGCUGUUACGACUUCAGCAAAAAAGCCUUGGGCAGUGCUGAUGGUAGUGGAGAAAAGCUGUCUUUUUAUGCCAGGUGGAGCUUAGCCACGGACCGGGCGGCUUUGCUGGGGAAAGUCAGGCAGCACUGCUGGCUUAAGAGACGAACACAUCUCCUCUUUGAAUUUUUGUAGUAUUUUCAUUGCUUGAUUUUUCUUAUGAAGAAAUGUUUGAAUAUCAUGAAGGCUCUUUGGAAAGUGAUCGGAUCCAUUUGAAUCAUGCACUUGAACACAUGAUGUAAAUGUGCCUAACUGUAUUUUAAAAAUUUAACUGUAGCCUUACCACACCUACUUUAAAACCUGACCUUUUUGUGCUCUGCAGGGCUUUCCCCUCGUGCCAUGCUUUCUCCGGCACACGUGAGGCUUCUCGCUCAGAGCGCCCGUGCUGAGGCAGGGCCUCACGCCGGGUCACGGGGCUCCUUGGACAAGGAGACUUUCUCAGAAGUCCUCCCACGUGGGUGGGUGACAGAAACAGUUUGUGGCAACACAAAUCUCUCUCCAUGGUGGAGAAACCUUUGCUUAUCCACUGUAUUCUACUCAGUGUCUAGUGAUGACAAAUGUAAUGGAAUUAAACCAGUCGAGUGGACUGGCCCUGGUUGAAUGUUAAAUGUGUAUCUCACCUGUGGAACCUACUCAGCAGCUCGGUUUCGGGGGUUGGGGACAUAUUUAUUUCUUAAAGCCAAACCUCCCCUUCAUCGGUCUACUGUACAUAAGUCUAUUUAGAUGUACUUACCCCACUUCAACCCCCACAUCCCCCUAAUGCUCUCACGACCCCUCUAUUGCUGAAGGGGCCUCUCCCCUCGGCCCCGGAGGAGCUCAGGAGCCUGGUCUGUUCCGCAGCCGGGGCCUGUCCCAGGUGCGGCUGGGGGCGGCGUGCUGUGGCGCGGGGUCUCCGCGCGGCCUCACCAGCGCAGCCCUUCCCCUCAGGUCUGAGCGCGGCGGGCUCCAGACCGCCCUCCGCAAGCGUUGGUUGUGCCGUGAUGUAAUCGUUCGCCAUUAGAGCCUAGUCUGUGUGAUGCCGAGGGUCAAUUGUGCAGGUGACCGAUUUUGUUGAAGUUGUAAUCACACCCUUUUCUGUUUCAACAGCUUGAACUGAUUUAUGGGAAGUUAUCAUUAAAAGUCUGGUAUCUUU